CUUCCCCGGACUCUCCUCGUCGUUCUGCCCGUCCGCGAUGUUCCAAUGUCCUCGUGGACUAGGAUACUCUCCUGCGCCAGUCGCCUGCGCUCCAGGCUCUCGGGCCUCCAGGCCGUUGCGAUUGGCGCUCUAAUCAGCCUCUGCUACCUCUUCUAUACCUUCGCUGUACCCCAGCUGCAUAGGUUGCAUUUCCACACAGACCUGAGUUGGUAUGACAUGGGAUUGUAUGGGUUUGGGCCGUCGCAAAGCUAUGUCUCCUUCGAUUAUGAUUCUCCCCUGGUACAGAUCUCAGAAUGGGAGUCUGGAUGCGACCAGCGGUAUACCUUUUUUGCGCCCAGGGGGGACUCCGUCGCCCAGCCGGGCCCCAUGAUACUCGACUCCAAGGGAGAAUUGGUGUGGAUGAAGCACAACUGGGAGGUAACCCAGGACUUCAAGGUUCAACGCUACCAGGACACUGAUUAUCUGACCUACUGGGAGGGGGGUGAAACUGAGGGCCGGGGUUAUGGGUCGUGGUACAUGCUGGAUUCCACGUAUACCCAGCGGUAUGUGAUAACUCCCGUUGGGAACUACGGUGGCGAUCUCCACGAAUUUCAGAUCACUCCCGAAGGAACGGCUCUCGUGACGAUUUAUGACCCGGUGCCGGCCGACUUAACAUCGAUCGGAGGCCCCGAGCUGGGUUGGAUAUAUGAUGGCCUCUUCCAGGAAAUUGACAUUGCCACUGGUGAACUCGUCUUCGAAUGGCGCGCAUCCGAACAUUACCCCAUCAACAGCACCUAUGACAGCCUAAAGGAAUCAGGAAGAACGCGGGGGUAUGCCUUCGACUUCUUCCAUAUCAACAGCGUCGAUAAGGAUGAUGAUGGCAAUUACAUUGUCUCCGCACGACACACCCAUUCGGUUAGCUGUAUCGACAAGGACACUGGCGAAGUGCUGUGGACACUGGGUGGCAAAUUCAAUGAGUUUCAAGAUCUCUCGGACGGGCAGGCUACCGGUUUCGCCUGGCAACACGACGCACGCUGGCACGGCAACGGCAGCCUGACUCUCUUUGACAACGCAGCUCACUCAGCCCAUGACCCGGACCACGAAAGCCACGGAGUAGCCAUCGAACUAGAUGUUGACGCUCGCCAAGCAGCACUGCGCGCCGCCUACUACCACCCCCAAUACAUGAAGUCCGUCUCGCAGGGCAACGUACAGAUGCUAGACGACAGUGGUCGCGUUCUAGUGGAAUGGGGCCAUAAUGCGGCGUUUAGCGAGUACAGUGCGGAUGGUCAAUUGCUGUGCAAUGUCCACUUCGGGGCCUCUGCCUUCUUCGGAUUCGGGAGGGUGGUAUCCUAUCGUGCCUUCAAAGGCUCCUGGGUUGGCCGACCGCAGACAGUCCCGGAUGCCGAGGUGACGGGUGACCACGCGUAUGUGAGCUGGAACGGUGCAACCGAAGUAGUGGCAUGGAGAUUGGAAGCGUGGGAGUCGGAGGAUUUCAACGACAACUCGUUCCGUGUGGUGGCCCAGUUUGAAAAAGAUGGGUUUGAGACCGAGAUCGAGAUCCCGGAAGUUCUCCAGAGCCCGCUGUUUCGGCUUGCUGCGUUGGAUGCCGACGGGAAUGUCCUUGGCGUCACCGAGUUGCUCCAGAGGGAGCAGGGCAACAACCUCGAGCAGAUCAUGAGCCCGCACUAUUGGAUCAUCGUGAUUGCUUUUGUCAUGAGCGGAGUCGGCCUAUUCCUCGGUCUGUACACGUGCUGCGGGUGGGGUCGAUAUUUCCGCCGGUGUCGCUCUCGAACCAGUGAGUACCAACUAGUCGCUUUCAGUGAUAGCGAGGGGUCUGUUUGAAGCGUUGCUGCUCUGGGGCACUACGCCUCGGAAGGCGUGAUGUCCGCGGGUGUUCGAGGUGUUCGAGGUGUUCGAGAUGUUCUUGGCCUGUUUCCCUUCCACCAUCUUUGUUUGAGCGCAGUUCUGGAUGGAUUCUACCUGUAUAUAUUGUCUUUGCACUGUACAUAUGAUACCCGUGCUGUAAAUGUGAUUUUGC